AUGGAAGCUGGAGAUGCUCGACUAAUCUGCUUCAGGCACCGAGCGAACUAUGCUCGUCACCGUCUCGGGGUCCUCACUCGUCACUCCCCUGUCCUUUUCGUCAUUGCUUCAGCUUUUGCCAGCAAUCAUCCCUCCUUGUGGCAGCGAUCGAGUCUUUCAUCAGGUUUAAUUGGCAUAUAUCGUCGUCUCCAUUGCGUUCCUGCUUUCAGUCUGCCGUCUUCCCGAGGCGCAAAGAAGAAACGAAGGAGAGGAAGAAGUCUUCCUGCUUUCGAGCAGCCUCUGCCUCUUCACCGAUCACCAAAUUUGAUUCGCUGGAGAAGAAAAAAUUGGAGUCCAGAACUCGAUAUGGCUGGUAAGAGGGGGAUUUGGUUCGAGGGAUGGAGGGUGAAGAUUGAAGAAGCAGAGGAAAGAGAUCAAGUUGAUAGAAGAGGUUAG